UAAAACUGGUGCUCGCGCCAGGAGCCGGCAGUACAUGAAAAGCAAUCAAACGAGUUAUACGAGUGAAGUUUAAGAAGCGAACGAAUACGAAACAACAAAAACAACAAACAUGCCAGCAAUUGGAAUAGAUUUGGGAACCACCUACUCCUGCGUGGGAGUGUGGCAGCAGGGAAAGGUGGAGAUCAUCGCCAACGACCAGGGCAACAGAACAACACCUAGCUAUGUUGCCUUUACGGACACGGAACGUCUGAUCGGCGAUGCCGCCAAAAACCAGGUGGCGAUGAACCCGGCCAACACCGUCUUCGACGCCAAAAGGUUAAUUGGACGCAAGUUUGACGACCCCAAGAUCCAGAGCGACAUCAAACACUGGCCAUUCAAAGUCGUCAACGAAGCAGGCAAACCUAAGAUCCAGGUUGAGUUCCGCGGUGAGAUGAAGAGGUUCAAUCCGGAGGAGAUCAGUUCGAUGGUCCUGACGAAGAUGAAGGAAACAGCAGAGGCGUAUCUGGGAGGAAGUGUGCGAGACGCGGUCAUAACAGUGCCCGCCUAUUUCAACGACUCGCAGCGACAGGCGACCAAAGAUGCGGGCGCGAUCGCCGGAAUAAACGUCCUCAGAAUCAUCAACGAACCCACCGCCGCGGCUCUCGCCUACGGCCUCGACAAGAAUCUCAAGGGCGAGAAGAACGUCCUCAUCUUCGAUCUGGGCGGCGGAACCUUCGACGUGUCCAUCCUCUCCAUCGACGAAGGCUCGCUCUUCGAAGUCAAGUCCACUGCCGGGGACACGCACCUCGGCGGCGAAGACUUCGACUCGCGACUGGUGGACCAUCUCUGUCGGGAGUUUGAGCGCAAGUAUCGCAAG